AGGCUCCAUAAAUUCACAAUUUAAAGAUUACAAAAUGUACAGUAAAUAUUGACAGCACUGAGUGAAACUGCAUUUUUCUGAAAAUCGUGUUUCUGAAAGUAACAGAAAGGUAACAUUUUGGUUCUUUACUAAAAUCAUGCCUGUUUUCUGAGCAAAAAAAAUCUGAAAAUGGUUGAUAUAACAUUAUGUGCAUCUCUUUCGAAAAGGUUAACAAAAAAAGAUUUAUUGAUUUUUACAUAUAUUUCUACUCCUUGUUAGUGAAAAUGGAGCCCCAAAAAGGGAAAUCACUUGAAGUCACAGCCGAGUCCGUCUUGGAGAUGAUCACUGAGGAUUUUUUCAAGUGCCACAUCUGUCUCAAUAACUUCUCAUCUCCGACCUUCUUGGACUGCCAUCAUACAUUCUGCCUGUCAUGUCUUGAAGAUCUACGGAAAAGCCAAGGCCGGUCCUGCAAUGAACUCGACUGCCCAGAUUGCAGAGUUAAGACGUCUUUGAUGGGCAGAGGAACGUCGGCGCUCAAGCGCAACUUCACGAUGGCGUCGUUGGUGGACGCAGUCACGAACCAGAAAAAACAAUUGCGUAUUCAGCAGGGCACGAUUGUCUGUAGUCUGUGCAACAACGAGGCCCACGCUGUCCUGCGAUGCAACGAUUGUGAUGAGAGGCUGUGCCAAGACUGCUAUCUAGAACGCGAAUCAGAACAUCCCAAUCAUCAGAUUGAGAUUAUCGAUCCGAUUUUGACUGAGAAACCUCCCUCUGCACCCAAGUGUAAGAAGCACGGGGAAUACGACUACUGCUUCUACUGCAAAACCUGCGAGGCUUUGAUCUGUGCUCUCUGCGCGGCAACCUCACACCGAGACAUGGUGCAUGAGCAUCUGAGCAUCAAUGACGCAGACGAUUUGACAAGGCAGGAUAUUUGCCUCCUCCUGUCCAGAUCUGAGAAGCGAGUACAGGAUUACAUUUCCACCAAGGAGGGCAUCGAAGACCAAUGUAAAAUAAUGGAAGCCGAACUAGCUCAUGCAGAAACAAAGAUUAAGGAAAUGGAUGCACACAUUUGGGAUACAGACGAUUACAUGUAUGAUGAAGCUCAAGAACCAGUGAAGAAUCAAACUUUAGCGGAUUUCCACGCUUUCCAAACUGCCAGAAAAGAAGAAUAUGCCAAAGCGCUGGACGAUGUCCAAGCCAAUGUGGAAUGCCUUCAGAAAGUCUGUGAUAGUGUCAGUGAACAGGUGGGCGACGCAGACAAAUACCAGCUUCUCCAACGCAAGGAGGAGCUGCUGAUGAGAAUCGAGGACGUACUUGACAACAAAAUACCAACUCCUCGAUUUCCAGUGGUCGUCAGCAUCAAAGUGGAAUCGGACCCGCACAUGUGUAGCAGGGGAGUUGAUAGAGAACGCAACACACUCUUUGGUGGAUGGAAUAAUGGGGCCCAUUGGGAUUGGGUUAGCGUGAGAAUGGUUCAUACCGCAGUCAAUGUGAACCACGCUUAGGGGUUACAAAUGUAAACCAAAUGGUCAAAAUUUAAAAAUUGUCAAAAUAAGUUAAGUAAUGUGUCAUAUCGAAGGUUAACACAGAUAGUACGCCUAUGUAAUUUCAUGAAAUAGUACUGAAUUUGAACAAAUACACAGAGUUUGUCAGAAAUAACAUUAUGCGUUGGCAAUAUCAAAAAUAUGAAAAUUCCAGCUUCAGAAGUGCCUACUUUUACUACAUCUGUUUACCAAAUUAAACAAUGAUUAACAGUGCAAUUUGAAUAUAAUUUAAAGGUCAUUGGGUAAAUGUAAACAUAGUAAGAAUGAAAUUUCAGAGGUGCUUUUUUUGUACCGGGCAUGAUUUGGAUAAGGUCUCUUCUUCAGUGUAUGUUCAAAACCGAAAAUGCCUAUUUUUAAUAUUAUAAACAAAUAAGCCUUACAAAGUGCAGUGAUUCGUAUCUUCUGUGCCCUUAAAGUGGUCUAUAUAAUAAACCACUACUUAGUGGGCCUUCUAAGUUCUAUGUUUUACAGG